AUGAUGCAGCAGACCGGUCUCCUUGGCUUGCUCGCCGCGGCCACUUCCGUCUCGGCGGGCGUGAUCAAGGUCCCCUUGAAGACUCGCGCUGCGGGAACAAAUGUGCCCGUCACAGACUGGUUCAAUCGAACCGACAACCAGUGGUACAGCACCAUCUCUAUCGGCACGCCCGCUCAAGAAUUGUCGGUCCUUUGGGAUACUGGCUCCGGUGCCCUGCUCAUCCCAAGAAGCACUUGUACGACAUGUGGUGACAAGACCCUGUUCGACUCUUCAAAGUCCUCGUCGUUUUCCAAUACGCCCGGCACACGGCAACAGGCUCUCUUCUCUACUGGCGCCGACUCGAUCCCAUUCACCGUACCAGAGGGUGCCGUGGGCAACCUGGUUCACGAGAAAGUAGCAAUCGGUGAUCUGAUUGUCGACAGCCAGGAGAUGCUGCUAUGCAGCAAAUAUGCCGCGGCUCUGGAUGUCAUGCCCAUUGAUGGCAUCAUGGGUAUGGGCCCGUACCAGGCCAACAGCGCCGAAAAGUCGUGGUACUGGAACCUCUACGAGAACGGCCUCCUCGACUCGCCCGUCUUCUCCUUCUACACGCCGGCGGGCGACAUUGACGGCGGUGAGAUCACGCUCGGAGGUAUCGACGACACCAAGUACGAGGGCGCUCUCAACUACACGGCAUUCACAUCGGGCGGUUUCAACCUUGCGCAGUCCUCCGUCUUGAUUAACGGUAAAGCCUUUACCGGAACAUCCGCCAAGGGCACUGCAAUCCUGGAUACUGGUACUGCGUUCAUGCAGACCCCUAGCUAUGCUGUUGCCAAGCAGUUGUAUGCUCAGAUCUCGUCCAAGAUUACACAGAUCGAUUCGGCUGGAGCCUGGGGAGCUGAAUGCGAUGUUCUCGACUCUGUCGCACCUGACCUGACCUUUGUGCUCGGACCGACCGGCUCAGCACUAAAGCUCACCAUUCCCAAGAGCUCGUUCAACCUCGGCGAGUACCCCGGACAGCCGGGCAUUUGCCAGGCCGUAUUCAACAACCCGCUGAGCCCCUUUGGUGCGUGGCUGGUCGGAUCACCGCUCCUCAAGCAGUACUACACGGCAUGGGAUGGUGUAAACAAGAAGAUUGGCUGGGGACAGCUGAAGGGCAACGGAACUGCUAAACUUGAGUUUGCAUAG